UACAUACAUACAUACAUACAUACAUACAUACAUACAUACAUACAUACAUACAUACAUACAUACAUACAUACAUACAUACAUACAUACAUACAUACAUACAUGCAUAUAUACAUGUACAUAUACGUGUUUGCCUCCUUGUGUGUGCAUUGCCCCCUGGGGAUUCAAGGCAGCGCCAUUUUGAGCCACGCGCGGAGAGGCAAACCGGGAGGAGGCAGCUCGGACGAAACGCGCACACGGGAAGGAUUUCCCCACGAGGGGAGAAGAAUAACUGCAGUUGUGGUUGCCCUUGUGUGAAAUUCUCUAAGCGGAAGAGGCCUCCAUCCCCUCCCUGUCGGUGUCACUUCGUUGAGAGAGAGUACAAACCGUUGUAGCACCUACUAAUGCGAAAAAAAAAAAACGAACAUGGGAGCUACACAGAUGUAAAGCUACCCGGCAAGGCUAAUUGCACACAGAAAAAAUGGAAAAAAAAAUUGGGUGUGUAUAUAAAAUUAAGGAGAGCAGGAGGGGGAAAGGCUUGUGUAAGCCCGCUGAUGAAGCGAAAAAGAAGGGGGCGGUGUUGCGCUGCGUUAAUGAUAUGCGGGGUGAUGAAGCAGCCAGCGUGCCUGAUGAAGCAGCAAGCGUGCCUAGUGAUGAAGCCAACGUGCCUGGUGAUGAAGCCAGCGUGCCUAGUGAUGAAGCCAGCGUGCCUAGUGAUGAAGCCAGCGUGCCUAGUGAUGAAGCCAGCGUGCCUAGUGAUGAAGCCAGCGUGCCUAGUGAUGAAGCCAGCGUGCCUAGUGAUGAAGCCAGCGUGCCUGGUGAAGCAACCAGUGUGCCUAGUGAUGAAGCCAACUUGCUUGGCGAUGCCCACUGUAGGACCGAAGCCAGCCCGUUUGCUAAGCGCAGAGGGAUGAACCGCUUUGAAGGUCCACCGUGCAGUAGCAAUGCAGACGAACCACUGUGUGGCCACUCCAAACUUGGGAGAAGUGAUGAAGGAGAGAGUCACCUGAACAGGGCAUGUCUGAAUGACGAAUCGGAUUUGGUAAAGAAGGAGAGUGAAGGACAGCUCCGUUCUUCCAGUCUCCUACCUGAGACUGCAUAUGAGGGGCAAACCGGAGGAGGCAUAAAAAGAGAGGCUGCUCAGAUGCACAGCUUAAUUUGGGAGGAAGACGAGAGUGUGCAAAUGGAUGUCAGCCUUUCUGAGGUACCCCUGGUGGGAAGAACCGAACAUGAUCGAGGAUGCAGUUGUGGUGACGCCGCGUGCGCUAUGUGUGCGGAUGGAGGGUUGGAGGACGUCGAUUGGGUGGACGCUGCUUUGGCAGGUGGCGAUUCGAACGAUUCGAACGAUGCGAACGAUGCGAACGAUGCGAGUAACACCGCCAACUGCGGACGCGGCUGCCACUUCGUAGAGAGCGACCGGGAGGAGGGACUCGGAGGGAUGGGGCCGCCCGAGCAGAACGACAAACAGACGGACAGCGAAGACGACAAUGAAAUAAAAAACAUACUAGACGUGUUGCAGAAUUUGAAAAAAUAUAAUUUUGAUGAGACGGCCAAUUUCGAUAAUGAUGCUCUUUACGAGCCAGUUGAUGAUGACGCGGAGGAUGAGGAGACGGGGAAGGGCAGAGUGGACCCCUUUGUGCAGGAGAGGAACGCCCCCUUUUUGGAGAGCGAAUAUGUUUUUAAGGACCCUACUGGUGAGGCUGCCGCAAACGGGGUGGCUACCACCAACGGGGUGGAGGGCGAUGCCGCUAACGACAGCAACGAGCAGGAGUACCUCGAUCUGCAAAAGAUAAAGGAGAAGUACAGGCGGUACAAUUUCUCCCUAAGCGAUGUUGAUGAGGAGGGGGAGGCCGAGCACGUGGAGGAGUCCAGGCAGUCAAAGGGGUACACGCACACAGGGGAAGACGAAAGUUACCAGCGUGAGGAAGAGGAACCCACUGAUAAACCGCACGAAGGUGAAGUAAAAGGGGAAGAAGAGAGGGGUGGAACAAACGACGUCGCGGGGGAAAUGCCGCAUGAGGACAAGCACAUGUCUCACGCGGUCGACGGUGCGGACGCAGAUCAUAUGAUGAACACUCCAAAUAAGGUUAAAAAAAAAAAGAAAAAAAAAAGGAGCGCAAAAAAAGGAAAAACAUAUUCUGAGCAUUGUGAAGGGGCGGGUGUCGGAGGAGAUGAUAACGGAGACGGCGACGAUGGGAGUGUCCCCAGUAGUGGCCAGCGGGUGAGUAGCGGGGACCGUGCCAGUAGCGAACAACGGGUCAGCGGUGACGAGGGGCAGGGCAACCCCCCUGGGGAGACCGCUGCAGCCGAAGACGGCGAAUCGAAGGUGGUGACUACAAAAAGGGAACCCAUCCCAAACGAGAGGAAGAACAACCACGAUGGAGGUGACCUGCAUGAAUGCAACAGCGCAACCGAGUCAGGCGUGCCAUCUGGCAAGGACGAAGACGAACGCGAGGAGAAGAUGAGAAGGAAGAAGCUGCUCAAGCAAAACAUUUGCAGCUUAAGCAAUAAGGGGAGGGAUAGCCAGACGGGUGCCGGCCAUAUUGACGUAAGGGGUGCCGACCAUAUUGACGCAAUGGGUGUCGCCCACUUUGACGUAACGGCUGCACCGCAGAAUGGAGGCGCUUCGACGAAUGCUACCCUGCAGAACGAGGCGGAGAGCACGAAGGGCGUGGGGAACCCCCCAUAUGGGGACCUCUCGGAGGAAGUGAGGAACAUAAUGAAUUCGAAUGGCAGUGAUGGGGAGGAGGAGAACCACUUGGAGUUUGACCACUACUUGAUUAAGCUGCAUAAUUUGAAGAGCCUGCUUCGGCAGGAGACCAUUCAGAGUGAUGAGGACGGCGGGGGGGAAACGGCGCCGGUGCGGGGGAGCGCGGCCAAGGGGGGGGGGGCAGACGGGGAAGGGGAAGAAGAUGAGGAAGAUGAGGAAGUUGAAGAAGGGGAAGAAGUCGAAGUAGACCGAGACGACGGCGUGGAUGCGGACGAGCGGCCCAGUGCGAACCCCCCGGAGGAGCCUACCCCCUUGAGGGCGCGCAAGAGGGGCCCCCCCGGAGAGGCGGCGGGCGACGCGCAGGCAGCCCAGGUGGAGCUGUUCGCCGAAAGGAACAGCCGCCUCAAAAGGGAAGUGAAAAGUCUACAAAGAGAAAUGGCCAGGUACAAAAAAAUGGAAAAGACAUUCCACAAAAAUAGAGAGAAAUAUAAAACAAAACUGACGCUAAUUAGAGAAUACGAAAAGAAAAUCGACCACAUGAUAAUGGAUUUGAAGAAGCUAAAGGACACAUGCACGAGCAAAGAAAAAAAGUUGGCAAGAUUUGAAGAGAUAGUAAAAUACAUGAAUGAGCAGUUCGCCAUGAGCAAGAUCCAAUUUGAAAACAAAAUGAAUGAGUAUGUCCUCUUUUUAAAAAAAAAGGACUCGGAAAUUUACAUGCUAAAGGAAAUUAUAAAAGAAAAGGAGAAAAUCGUCACCUUUAAUGAAAGCAUUCUGAAGCAGUACAAACACGACAUCGAUGACAUGUUGAGGCAGAACAUCGAGCGAGUGGAACAUGUUAAGGCCAAACUGAAGACGCAGCAAGAUCUCAUUGCAGAUAAGGAGAGUAAAAUUAAAACGCUCGAGCAGGACGUUAGGGGCUACGCAGAGCAGUUAAAUAAAAUGGACAACGAAAUGAAGAAGGUGCUUUACCAAAGGGAGGUGGACGAUGAGAGGAGGAAAGAAAUAGAGAGCAAUUAUCAGAAGGAGAAAAAAAAAAACGAAAAUUUGACCACCCAAGUGGAGCAACUCGGGAGGGAAAAACAAGACCUACAUUACAAAGUGGAAAGUUUGCUGCAGAGCGAAAAGAGUAUUCUGAACGGCAAGGCAGAAUUGGCCGAAAGUCAAAAGGUGUUAACCGUGGAGAAUGAACAAAUGAAAAAGGAGAGAGAAGUGCUCCUAAAUGAGAGGGCGCAAAUGGAGGAGCGGUGCAACUUGCUCAGCGCCGAAAAUGGGAAAAUGAGUGACCAAAUGGAAAUCCUCCAAAGGGAAAAAAACGAACGGGAGAGUGAGCUAGCCAGGUUGACGGGGGAGGCAACCAAGCUGAAGGAGGAUCUCUCCAAAUUGAAAGAAGAAAAGGACCAAAUCGAGGCGAAAAAUCUCACCCAGCAGGGCGAAAAAGACACCCUGAAAAAUGCGCUGGAAGAGACGAAGCGCAAGAUGGAGGACUGCGUGAGGGAAAAUGAAAAGCUGAAAGGCAUUCUAAACGAUGUGACCUCCAAAAAUGAGCAGCUCUCCUCAAAAAGGGAACAGGAAGAACAAAGGAUGAAGGAACAAAUAAAAGAUCUGGAAGACAAACUGGCGGAGCACAACACGCUGUAUUGCAAGGAAAAGGAAGUCAUUCACAAUUUGAGCGAGGAGAAAAAUAAAUUCAUUAAAGAAUGCGAAAGGUUAAAAAGUAGGAACAAAAAAAUCAUCUCCAAGUUGAAGGAAAAUCAAGUGAAAAAUAAAGCAAAGGUAGACGAAAUGGAAAGAGAAAAAAAACAAUCUGUGCAGAUGGAAAAGGAUCACUUCGCGCAAAAGGUAAAUUCACUCGAGGAGGCCUUCCAAAGUACGUACAAUGAACUUCAGGAAGAAAAAAACUCUCUGAAGGAAGAACUCCAUGAUGUCAAAAUGGCAAAUGAGGACUUGAAAAAAAAGGCUCAAAAUCUCCACAACGUAAAUGAAGUACUAAUCAAAGAAAUGAAAACCUACAAUGAGGAGAAGGAUAAGUUCAUCAAAGGGUUGAAGAACAUCAAGCUGGCAUACCUCAAGAUGAGGAAAGAAAAUGAGCAGCUUAAAACGGACGCCUUUUCAUACAUUAAAAAGGACGUGGAGGAAAACUACAUCCCCCUCUCUGCACACAAGCAGCUUUUGCACGAACAGAAGAGCUUGGCUGAGGAGAAAGAAACACUUCAGACGCAGCUCAAGGAACACGAGACCCUCAUCGCACAGCUGAAUAGGGACAAAGCAGACUUGGGAGAAAGCCUGAGCAGACUCUCCAAGGAGAACGAGGAGCUCAGCACCAACAUCCGCGUUAAGAAUAAGAUCACGGAGGAUGUCACGGCCAACGUGGAGAAACUCAAAAGUGACCUGACCAGCAAGGAUGAAGAAGUGAAGAAAAAGGCCAUGGAAGUUAAAAAGAUGGAGCGCGACUACAAAAAGCUCCUGGACGAUUACAAGAGUGAAAAAAAAAAUAUAAUUUCAAAAUAUGAAAAUGAGCUGGACGAUUAUCUGCGAAAGUGCGAGUUGGCGCACGCCAAGUAUAAGAAGUGCGAGGAGGAGAUGAAGGAACUGAAAAAUAAACUCAAGGUGAAGGACGAAGUGAUAGAAUACACACACAAGGAAAUUGAAAACAUUAAGGAGUCCUUCUGCAACGAAUACGAAUGCAAAAUUAAGGACGUCGUGGAGGAGAAGGACAAGGAGGUGUACGCCAUCCAGAGGAGGUGCAAGGAGCUGCACGAGGACAACAACAUGAACAAAAGCGAAAUCGCCAAGCUAAACAAACUGCUGGAAGACGCAAAUAAGAAAAUAAAGAAGAGAGACAUGGAAAUGUACAUUCUGCUGGAACAAAACAAAAAGCAGAAGGAGAAGGCAGCCAAAAAAAUGACCAAGGUGAACGAGCUGCUCAACAACCUGCAGAAGGAGUACACGGAUAGCAUUCCGUGA